AUGUCGUCGCAGGACAGCGGCAGCGACGUGGAGAGCGUCGUGUCGGCCGUGAAGUGGGUGGGCAUCGUGCUGGCGGUCGCCGCCGUGGUGGCCGUGGCCACCGUCAUCUACAUGUGCUGCUACCGCAAGGACUCCAACGCCGCGCAGGCCGAGCUCAUGGACGGCCUGCUGCGCCGCGACCAGCUCGAGGAGACGGAGCUGGAGGACGAGGGCAAAGGCUGGCAGUGCGUGGUCUGCGGCCUGGCCAACAGCGCCAAGCGCAAGACGUGCCUCAUGUGCGGCACGAGCAUCGGCUUCUUGAUGAGCAGCGAGCUGAGCCGCCGGAAGAGCUCGCGGACGCUACUGCGCAACAACAGCCGGGGCAUUACGGGCGUUGACGUUGCAGGGGAGGAGGAGGACAUGGAGGCGCUGAGGGCGCGACAGCGCGCGCUGUUCAAGCGCCGCAUGAACAUGAUGGCCAGGAAGAACCUGUCGCAGAGACAGCGCGGGGCCUUCAGACGCCGCCUCUGGCAGCGCAAGCAGUUGGCGGACGGCAAGUUCCACUGGGUCCGGCAGAACAGCACCGAUGUAGUGGACCCCGUGCCGGAUGGGGAUGCAGCGCUGCCGUCGCUGCCGCCGACGGCGGAGGCCGGACCCAAUGGGGAGAGCGUCACAGACUACCACAACCUGCGCUCGCAGGGGUUUGUGUCCAUGUACGACGCGUCCGGACGUCUGACGUGGACCAAAGCGGACGAAGUGUCGAUCGACAUGGAGUCCUUUAACGCCACGCGCAAAGGGCUUGAACAACUCGACUUCGAGGGAGUGAUGGCGCUUGGCUUCCGGAUGAAGAAGCAGUGGUUCUUCGUGCAGUUGUCUCGUAUUGCGACUCCCGUGACUGAAGCUGUCGCGAAGCUGACGGUGACGCGUGAGCGUAUCAUCCAGCAGUCGCUCCAGCUAGCUGAAGCCGCGCCGGACGCGCUUCACGCUUAUCUGAAAAUUACGUUCGAGGGCGAACCGGGAAUUGACGCUGGAGGCUUACUGCGCGAGUGGUUUGGAAUCGUCUGCAAGCAGAUUUUCAGCGAGAAGAUGGGGCUCUUUGUCCCGACAAAGGGCGAGGACAUGAGCUACUGGAUCGACCCGCUCUCCGGCGAGAAGAACGAGAAUCACCUGAAGCUCUUCCGUCUUGCUGGCAUCCUGGUCGGCAAGGCACUUUUUGAGGGUCUUGUGUUGGACGUGCACUUGGCCCUACCCUUGCUCAAGCACGUGCUGGGUAUCCCCAUUUCCUUCUCCGACCUUGAGUUCUUGGAUGAGGAGCUGCACCGGAACUGCAAGUGGCUACGGAGCAACAAUCACGUGGAAGUGCUGUGUCUGACGUUCAGCGUGAUGCUGGAGAAUGGCACUGAGGUGGAUCUCAAGCAAAACGGGCGCAACAUCGACGUGACUGAUGAGAACAAGGAGGAGUAUCUCCGACUUAUCCUCGAGCACCGCAUGCUCGAUAGCAUUGCCGACCAGCUGCAGGAGUUCUUGAUGGGGAUUUACGACGUGGUGCCCAAGGCUCUGCUGUCCGUAUUCGACUAUCAGGAGCUCGAGUUGAUCUUGUGCGGUAUUCCUACCAUUGAUACUGCCGACUGGCGAGCGCACACCCACGUGCGCUACAUCAAACCGGAGGAGAACAAGAAGAAGCAGAUCACCGAGGAGGAGCAGAACGGCGUACUGGAAUGGUUUUGGAUUGUCGUCGAGGGACUCGCGCCGGAAGAGCGCGCUCGGCUGCUGCAGUUCGUCACGGGCACCAGUCGCGUGCCUGUCGAGGGCUUCCGCGGACUCAUGAGCUCCAGCGGAAUCAUCCACCAGUUCACGAUCCAGCUCGUGCCGCGGGGCAAGGACAGGUCCGACUUGUUCCCCAAGGCGCACACGUGCUUCAACCGCCUCGACUUGCCCAUGUACCGCAGCAUGGAGGAAUUGGAGACGUACCUAACGAUGGUAUCGCAAAUGGAAGUCUUCGGCUUCGGCCUCGAGUAG